CCAUUUUCGUGGUUCUUGCUGUUUAUUUUCUCCUCAUAAUUUUCAACGCUUUUCUCUUCUUUCCUGAGUUUCUUCUCCAGAGAGAGAAAGAAAUUCAGGAGUUCUUCAGAAACCCUAAAUCCCUUUCUUGAUCUCUCUAAUUAAUCAUUCAAAUCGAUUCAAUCAGUCCUCAAAUUCUUCUUGCUAACAACUUAAUUUAGAAAUUCAUUAUUCCUUUCUCGGAUUUUCUUCUUUGGCACACAAAGAUGUUAUCUGUUUGAGUUUUUUAGGCUUUUUUUCCACCAAAAGGUCACUUAGAAAGAACACUCUGUAUUUAAUCUUCUUACGAUUACUUCAAUUUGUUCUUAUGGCGAUCCGGAUGACAGUUUCUUACUCUGGUUACCUAGCACAAAACUUAGCUUCGUCGGCUGGAAUUCGCACAGGAGGUAAUUGUAGAUUGUUUCAUGAGUUAUUUGGUAAAUCUCGAAAUCUUAUACCCAAUCCGAAACCAGAUGUUGAUUCAAGUAAGAAUUUACAAUCUGAUUUUGCCAAAUUUAAGUAUAGAAAUUUGCCAAAGAAACCAGUCUCAAUGUAUAGUUCGCUUGCUGGAGAUCUUUCUGGUUGUUCGGAGUUUGAGUCUCCUUUGAUUGUUGGUAUGAUUUCGAUGAUGAAAUCAUCUAUCUCUGGGUCUGCUGGUGUUGGGAUUUUAGGGGUUUCUUCUAAUUCCUCUUCUGCUAUGCUUGGAUUUAGUGGUGGGUCUUCUUCUUCGUUGUUAUCAUUUAUUCAAGGAACAACAAAGAAAUUCUUUCCUAGUAACGAAGGUUUAGUUAAGAAGGAAGGUUUAGCUAUAGUUGACGAGGUUGAUGAUAAAGGUGGUACAAAUACAAUUGUUGAUGCUAUUGCUUCUGAAAUUACUUCUGAUUACAAAGAUAUGAGAUUCGCAAGAGAGGUUUGUGGAAAAACCAUGGAAAACAAUAAAUGGUACGGGAAAUUAGAGAAUUUUUGGGCGGAAGAUGUCAAAGCUAUAUUUACAGCAUUGAGUGUGAAUUUGCUUUUCCGAUCUUGUAUGGCUGAACCAAGAUCGAUUCCCUCCCUUUCAAUGUAUCCUACACUUGAUAUUGGUGACAGAAUUUUAGCAGAAAAGGUUUCCUAUUUGUUCAAGAAGCCUGAAGUUGCUGAUAUAGUGAUCUUUAAAGCUCCUCCUGCAGUUUUGCUUGAUAAAGUGUUCACUUCUAGUGAUGUGUUUAUCAAGAGAAUUGUAGCUUUGGAAGGAGACUAUGUCGAAGUUCAUGAUGGGAGACUGUUGCUGAAUGGAGUUAUCCAAGAUGAGGAUUUCAUUUUAGAGCCUAUUGCCUAUGAAAUGGAUUUAGUGGUAGUAGGGUUCAUUGCUUUACUAACCAUUGACACAUUUCCGUUGUUUGUGCAGUAUGUGCCUCGUGGGUAUGUGUUUGUGUUAGGGGAUAAUCGCAACAACAGCUAUGACUCCCAUAACUGGGGUCCACUCCCAAUCAAAAACAUACUAGGCAGAUCAAUUCUUCGUUACUGGCCUCCUGCCAGAAUAUGCAACACUGUGUAUGAAGCACCUACAGAAAAGAGCUAUGUGGCAGUUUCUUGACCCAGCACCAACUGUUGUUUCAGUUGUGUCCUAUAACGAGAAUUCACUGCCUGGAAACUUCGAAGGGUCUCGGGCAACUUUUAUCCUGAACCUGAUCCAGAAGAUUUAUCCCAGUGUUUUUUUCCCUUGUUUGUUGUAAAUAGUUGGAUAUUUUCAGGCAACUUCUUGAAUACGCUAUACUGGGAUGCUUUGUAUACCCCAUUGCAUUCAAGGUUGUCAGCCUGAGAUAUUUCUCCCUAGAUAUUUACUCAAGUUUUGAAAAUGGCCCAACAGAGGUCGUGAAUCAAGUUGUCCUCUUGACUGUACUGUAAUGAAAGUCUGUUUUAAAGGUUGCUCCACUGAGCAACCGAUCACGCCUCUUGGUCUCGUUCUUUCUUUUCCUUAAUUUUCCCUUUCCUGUGUAUAAAUUUGUGAUUGUACACAUUUGAGAUUCUGAGAACACCAUACGAGUUUAGAGGCUGCUGGUUUCAC